AUUUAUCCUGGAAUAUGUAUUGAUUUUUCAGAAAUUCUUUUGACAUUAUAGGAUUUGUUACUCACGUCAUUAGCAAAAGUUGUUUUAAAGUGAUCAAUUUGACCCCGGUUUACGGCAUGCAGAAUCUCGAGGGAGUAAACCUGUAGAAAAUCGAUUGUAAGUUUUAGUUGAGCUUUGAAAAAUAAAACAACGAGCUUGUAUCCACAGAAAUUUAAUGGAUUUUGUUCCACCAAAAAUGAUUAAAAAGAAUGGUCACCUAAUCGACACAUCGUCGCUGAUACCGUAUACGACAAGCGACGUUGUGAUAAACAUGAUAGAACUGCUGUGGGUUACAAUCUUUUUGUAUGCCUCUAAGAAACACUUUAUCAAUCUUUAAUUUUCUAACUUUUCCGUUGCCGACUAGUAUUAUCAAACCAGUUUUUUGGUCGGAUACGGUAAAUUGUAUAGAUCGUCAAGUAAUUUUUUUUUACUCUACUGUCUUAAGUAAAGUCCAUAUAAGCAGAGUUUGUAUAUAAGUACAGACUGCUUAAAAAGCCUUUAAGAAGACAGUAUAGACCAAUAAAAAAAAUCCUGAAUAUCUUCCGGACUUUCGCCAACUCUCAAAUCAAAAGAAGUUUUCCAAAAGGUUUACGUCCAUUAAUAUUUUUUUAUGUCGUGGGGGGCUGACACGCACACCAUUUCGCGAGCGCGCGGUUGCCUUUGUCAUAUGAAUUCACUAUAUGUAGUAAAAAAAAACAGCGGAUCCAGAGUAGAGUAAAAAAAACCGCGAGACAGCCGCUAUAGCGCCACCACAGCACUAAAGCAACAACCAGCAUAGUAGUAGCAGUAGCAAAAGCAGCAGCAACAACAACAACACAACAACCACAGCAGUAGUGACUAGCAAGCGGCAAAAAAACUAUAUGACAUGACUCUCGGCCUCAAACUCAUCAACGAUCAACCAAGGAGGAACCUUUCCACAUCGCGCAAUGAAUGGAUGGAACAAACGGGACGGGAAAAUCUUCUUUUCGUACCGUUGUUGUGUUAUACCCUUUUUAUGAGAUACGCAGAAAUGAGGUAUACGAGUGUUGCGUUGCCGCCCGCUUUGGGAAUAGAGUAGCAACCCACAGUAAUGGGAUUGGAUAGUAAUAAUGUUGGGUGGUUUGUGUUGGUGUCCAAAGCAGCCAGAAGGUCGGCUGAUUGCACGCAUUGGUCGUGAGUUGAGCUACCCCUUGACCGAUGAUCGGUGGAAGAGGACUUUGUCCACUAUCAAACCCAUUAGAGUGGUUAACGUAUGAAACAAAAAUCCCUCAAGCAUCAAUCGCGUCAAAAAUACGACAGAUGAAAACAUACUGGUCAAGGCAAACAAUCCGAUCGCUCUUACUCAAAUAUGUUGGGAUUGGGAGCUCGCCAUUGUCCCGCUUCCUGCGCUUCAUCGUCGUCAUCUACAUCACCCACCGUCUGUCCAUUUGUAUACACACACCAUGUCUACGGGCUGGCUGGUGUUGGUGGUUCCUCCGAAUGGCGGCCGAUAGCGACGGUGAUCAACAGAGCAGUACCAACAACACCAACAGCACGCUAAAGGCGGUUGUCAUUUGCGAGGGAAACCUCCACGAUCCCGAUUUUCAGUCGCGACUAGACUGUCUGGUCGCGAAACUUACCACGCUGGUCGAUGAACCAGCGGACAACGGAAAGCUUAAAGUGGACAAGGUGGAGCCAUGGAACAGCGUACGUGUCACUUUGUCCAUUCCCAAGGAAGCAGCUGUAAAGCUACGCAAGCUUGCUGCCGAAGGAAACAGUGCGCUGCGAGCCCUCGGUAUACUGUCCGUGCAGUUGGAAGGAGACACCGUGUUAUCGCUCAGGCUUGUUGGACAAGAAAUCGUUUUGAGAACGGAUAAUUCCACCUCGACGGGACCAAGUUCUGGCAGUAGUACGUCAAGUGGCUUAGGGGAAUUAACACGGAUACUCUCCCAACAACAACAGCAGCAGCAGCAACAGCAACAUACUCAGUUGCAACCUGGGCAUCAGCCAACAUUGCCUCAAGAUGCUGUUGCUGGACCUUCGAAAGCUACUCCUCCCAUGCAGCCAAAACCUAUUGCCUCAGUUGCCACCACAACGGCCACGAUGGUCAAUGGUCCUCUCGCAGCGGAAGGCACCGUCUUCAAGUCGCCCAACACAAUCUGUCCGAUGGACGGCAAGCUACCUGCGCAUGUGCCAAAUGUGGUGGAAAGCAAUGAAUAUCCUUUUGAAAGCAUGACCCAAGCCAGGGUUAUUCAACGAAGAGAAAAUACCCUCGGAAUGGGUCCAACAGCUGGUCCGAGUGGUGUAGUUAAGCAGCCAUCUUUGGGACCUGGUGCAAGUCAUUUCGUAGCACCUAAUCCACCGCCUCCACCUCCUCCACCGUCAUACCAAACAGCAAUUACCACGGUAAAAAGUGCGGUUGGGUCGGUCGGCGGAACCAAUACCACUGGAACAACGGUUGGGAACGUAGCAAUGACUAGUCCUUUGUUGGUGAAUUUACUCCAAAACGAGAGCGCUAUUUCGCAAAUAGCUGCAGCUGGAGCGCCAAAGCCAGGGUCGGUCGUGAAACAAGAACUAAUUGCGGUCAGUGGGACGAGUGCAACUACGAUGAAAACCUCCGGUGUAACAGGAAUUGCGUCGAACUCUACUGUAGUGAAUGCUAUCAAUGAUAAUGAACAGAGUGUGAAUGAUAGUGGUGGUCAUCAAAAGACGUCGUGUAUUGUGACAAACAGUAAUAAUCCAGUGAAUCCAGUGAGCGCCAACAGCAGUGCUAGCGCCGCAACAACGAUAUCGGCUUCUGUGACCUCAAAUAGCGUCGCGAAUACCCAACAGACAAUAUUAGUGAACAACAGCAACGCUGGUGUUAUACCGAACACGACCGGAACAGUUGUAACCGGACCAACGAUCAGUGCUAGUGCUAAUGCUAAUCAUAGCAUUACGACAAACAGUAGUAACAUAAACAAUACCGCUAGUAACAAUCAGAAUGUUUUAAAUGUGUCGCCUUCUCUAGUAACUCCACCAAUGUCAGUGCCUUCUUCACAUAAAAAUGUUAGUGUACAACAGCAACAGCAACCAAGAUUUAAUCUCGGCCCCAGUGGGGCUACCAUCGUAAGGCCUUCCACUCAGCAACUCCUAAGACCACAGUUGACCGGAGCUGGAAUUGUGCAUCAGCAGCAAGAACUGCAUCGACCACCCCAUCAUCCAUCGCAGCAGCCACAACAAACGCAUUCCCAGUUAAGCUUAAGUCGGUUUCCAAUCCAACAACAACAACAGCACCAGCAAAAUGUUUCCUUCAGGCAGCCAUCAGCACCUCAGACAUCGCAGCAACAACAACAGCCAUUUAACCCUCGCUGGACUGCACCGGUGCACUCCAUGGAUUCUGCCACCAACUCCAGCUACCAGGAAUUCACCCGGUAUCAGAUGCAAUACAACCUAAGUCAACAACAAUUGAUCAAACACUCCCAGCCGGGUGCGCCGGGUGGUGAUCUGCUGGGUCUUUCCGAUCUUCCUGAUCUAGGGAAGAAUGACCUGGAUUCGUUACUACCAACGUUAAACUCUGCCGAUCUGGAGGGUGCACUUCUAGAUGGGCUGGACCUUGAUCUCGAGCAACCCAUUGGCUCAGCGGGAACGCUUGCUAAGCCCGAACGACGAUGGAAGCAACAGUUUCUAAUUAACCCUCUUACCGGUGACCUAGAGGAAACUCAAGUGGAAGAAACGGAAGAGAACGACGACGAUGCGAUGAAAAGCUUUCCGGAAUUUCACUCGGAAAUGUCGAACUCGUUGUACUCAGAUGAUGAUACAUCCUGUAGCACGGGCUUUUCGAAGUUUACGUCCGAUGUUAGCGACACGGAACGAUCCAACACAAUGGAUGGAGCUUCUACGAGUGCAUUUGCGAAUGCGACAACUAUCGUAAUGGGUACUUCGAUAGGAAAGUUGGGAAAACCGGGAAAGCUGAAGAAAGAAAAGCUAAAGGACGGGACGAAAAGUUCCGUUAAAAACAAAGAAAAGAAGCCUCGGGAGAAAAAAUCGUCCUCUUUGAAACAAGUCAAGACGAAAGCAAAAAUCGUUGCCUCGGAGAGCGGAGGCGAAUCUCCCGGUAGUCAGGAAAAAAUCAAACUUAGACUGAAACUGGAAAAGCCCGAAGCCAUCAGUGUGAGUUUAGUGCAUUCUAAUCCGAUGGUCGUCGGCAGUAUCGGAAGCAGUAGUUUGACCAGUAGUAAAAAAGUGCAAUCAUCACAAGUGCUAGGAGGGACUUCUGGAACGCUUAGCGGAAUGGGAAGUGUUUCCUCCAAUCCUUCGGGGGUAAACAUUAGUUCGACGUUAUUGCCGACGACGUCAUUGUCUUCGAGUUCGCUCUCUUCUUCUUCCUCAUCGUCCGUACCUGUGAGCAGUGGCACGUCUCAACAGCUGCACCAUUCACUGUCUCAGCCAGCUCUCGGCAGCAGUAGUUUUACUGGUACUAACAAUAGUGCCGGCAUCAGCAGUGGUAGCAGUCCAAGCCUACAAACGCAAUCUCCCGCUGGCGAGGAGCUUCGAGUGCCCCCUUUGCACAUUAGUUUACGAGGAAAAAACUCAGUGGUAAUCAAGAAUUCGAAAAAAGAUCGGAAAAAGAGUCAAAGUGGGGGUGAGGAGGACAGCGAUGGGAACAAUUUCCAGCUCAGUAGGAAAAGCUCGAUAAAACGGAGUAGCCAUUCCACGGAUAGUCGUCUAACGGUAGCAAUGGCCAACGAUGCCAGCAUACGAUUGAAACUCGAUGAAUCUGCAUCAUCUAUUGCAUCCGGACCAUCUUCAAUGCCAUCCUCACCGAAUCAUCACAACCACAAUAGUAUUGGAAACAGUGGAAAUAGUAGCGCAGUAUCUACGCUCGCUGCUGUUGCCGGUCUCAAAGCAAAAUCGAAUAAAACAGAAGAUCUGAAUCAGUCAUUUACGACAAAUGAGCUAUUGGGUUCCGAUCAUCAGCAUAAACGUUCGGCACCGGACUUGGUUUUGAGUCCCAACGGGAUGAUGUGUCCGGAGAAAAAGCGACGACUUAGUCCCGGUCCCAAUGCGAACCAACAGCAUAGCAGCGAAGAGUCAAGCAUAAGUGCGAGUAACAGUAGUAAUAGUGCAGCCACCAGUAUCAAUGAAAUCAAUGAAAUUUACGAGACUUUGAUCUCGUCCACUGCAAGUGGACCUAUCGGAUCGACAAAUGUUGGCACGUUGCCUCAUUCGUCUCUGUUAGCAGCGGCAACAUCGUCAGCAAAAAACUUGAAGAGCUCCAGCACGAACAACAGUAUCAACAACAACGCGUUUGGCAAAUGCAUUAGCAACAACACCAAGAACUCAGCAAAGCCAGCGCAGUCGAGCCCUACGACGUCGUCCGUGUCAUCGCCUGGAGCUCUGGCAGCUGCACCAAAUACUAAGAGCUCGACGCAGUCCUCAAAACAGCCAUCAUCGUCAUCCCCAUCAUCGGAGACGGCAAAAGGUGGUGGUAAGCCACCGGGGAAAGGCGAUUCCGAUGUUGCCACCGGUGGGGAUACAGAUGGAAAGGAUAAAGAGAGUAAUAAAACAAACAGCAAUAUCGCAACCACUACCUCAGGAGCUACAGAUGUGUCCAUCAAUCAGCGAAUAAACAACACCCAUCUGCAUCAUCACAAUCGUCCGCCGGAAAAAGCUAUCGACUCACCUGCGACUCCCAUAGAACAAUCCACCAGUCAGCAGCAGCAACCUCCAACGAUAGCAAGCGCUAGCGGACAUCUUUUGACGCAAGGGGUACGAGGAUCUCCGGGAUCUCAAGCACAAGGCGAAGAUAGUGGCAUUGAAUCUAUGGAUGCUUUAUCGGAAAAAAGUCCACACCAACUGUCGCACAGUCCACAGGGAAACGAACCAAACAAACUGCUGCGGAUGGAUAGUCCGAAGGACAAGUCGCUACCUGUAGUGGAAUCAAAAGAAUCGUCAAAACAUGACUCGAGUGGUAAUGAUAAUAACAAUUGUCACACCAACUUGGAUGAAUACAUUCAAAUCGAGGCAGAAUUAGCUAAGAUGGAAGGCAUGAACGAAAUCGCACUCACCGAAAGAACAGCUAAGCUGAAUGGAGAUCAUACGACACUGAUGAAACCCAAGCAGCAAGAACUAGAUCUUUUGGAUCACGCCGCUCUCCUGAAAUACGACGGAGCCAAUCUUAGCAAAAUCCUUGAUGACAUUGACGACGAUGAGCUUGUAAUGUCCGACGAUGCUACCGUGAAGGGGAAAAAUAUCGAAGUGUCUUCCAGUGAAAAUUCAACCCCUAAACAACAGCAGGACUCGACGACAAAGAACGUGGUCAAAGGAGAAGAGGCAGAAGACUGGCUUGCGGAUUCGACGGGAAAUAAGCAACAACAGCAGCAGCAACAAAAAGGGGAAGCAAAUGUUAUACUCACUAGUAAUAGUAACAAUAAUCUGACGGACAAGACCGAGAUAAAGCUGGAUACCACGCAACUCGUGUUGGAGGAUUGUUGUAGCAAUAAGGAGGUGUUAAGUUUAAAAAGCGAAUGUGAUAGUAAGAUAGUUGAAUGUAAAGCUGUAAUUAAAAAUGAUCCCGAGGAGGCUAUCGUUAGUAAUAUAAAGGAAGAACAAAGCACUAAUAAUAGCAGUAAUGAUAGCAGUAAUAGCAAUUCCAUGAAAUCAAAACCAGUGAUUACGCCGGAAGCGGAUAAUAAACCUAUGCCGAUGGAAGUGGCUGCUCCCGUUAUUGUGAAGAAAGACGUGGAUGUUGUAGAGCCAAAGCCACGACAUGAGCAACCUCCUCUCUACAGCUAUUCUAGUGAAAAAGCUCGUGAGCGACGCUCGGCUGCUAACUGUACUACUUCCAGCCAGUCACCUGCGCCAAUUGUUGAGAUAAUAGAUUUGGACGACUCCGGUAAGUCUGCUGAUCUUGAAGCUCCGCAUCAACCAUCCGAUCAACCUCAACUACAAAAUGAAGAGAUUCAUUCGCCACUAUCGAUCGAUAUCCCUUUGCAUCCGGAUUUGGCUGAGCAUCGAAUAAGAACGCGAGCUUCAAGUAAGCUUGAAAGUCCUCUAGAUCCACCCAAGCAAAGCCCAUCUGUCGAUUCACCUGCCGCUGAGAGACUUAAGAACACUUUGAAACAGACGGCUGCUUCGAGUACACCAACGCUAACGACUGCUGUCAGUGGAGAUAGGUUAAGUCCGAAAACGCUGCCGAAAACUGGAAAACGGAAACGCCAAGGAUCGGAGAGCUCAACCCAAUCCUGUGUCAGUGAUGACAUUCUUCCAAGUCGGUCGAAGAAGCCACGAAAAGCUGCAGCUGCGGCGGCCGCUGUUACGGAGAGGCAGAAGAAAAUUGUUUCCGUUCGUAGUGCACAACAAAGAAGAGCAACGGCAACGGAAACUCUCCCGUCAAAUACCCAGGCCGCAUCGGCUACUGCUCCAGCGGUUGAAGAUUCUUCGGACAGCGAUGAGCCAUUAAUAGAGAUUGCGGGUAAAUUUAGAAAUUCUAAACUAACUAAACCAAGUUCUUCUUCUACUACCACUUCUACCACUUGUACUACUACUACUUCGACUACAACACCAUCAUCAACCUACUCCUCAUCCUCCCCUACAAUAGGUGUCGGUUCGGGAUCUACGUCUACGGUGGCAUCCGGAUCACACGAAAAAGAAAAAGUACUUCGCAACCAUCAUAAAGCGUCCGCCGGAUUGAAAACAGGUGGCUCUUCGCAAAACGUCUCAUCAUCAGCGUCGAGUAAUAGCGUCGGUGCGAAUAAUCCAGCGUCUCAUAAAUCAAACGCCCAUGCAAGUCGAUCAGCUGCCGCGCAUAAUACCCCUGCAACAUCUACCGGUACGAAUGCAGCAACACUGUCGGCGCCCGACGAGAAAAUCAGUACCCGAAGGAGUAAUCGCAUGACUACGUCCACCCUGUCAACUGCCGCCAUGAAUAGUAAAGCAAAAGCCAACGCUACGCAGAAUUCAGGGGCAGCAAGUGGUAAUGCGGACAAUCAUCGGGACUCAACUCAUCACCACGGUGGCGCCGGUACAAUUAGUCACCACAAAAACAAUCACGUCAACCACCAUCAUCAUUCGUCGGCGUCUACCGGGAAUGGUUCGAAGGGAACCGCAGCAGCCACCGGCGAUAACAAGGGAUCUGGUUCCGGAGGAAGUGGUGCAUCUGCGUCGGUGAAUGAUGCUUCACCUAUUCCGGUGUCGGAAGUGAGGCGGAAAACGAGAAGUGCCGGUUUGGAAACCACCACCGAAGGCCGACGAAGAAGAGUGUCCCGCGACAGUAAGUGACCAAUCGCUUGCGCCUCAGCCGAGAGUAACUGCAGCGGCACUGUCCCAGACGGUCGCCGCCGCAGCAUUCGUCAGCUGUACGACUCACACCAACGACAAAAACGCCGUUUUCUGUAUUCGCACUUUUUCGAGCAAUCCGACGACGACGAGCUUGAUGAUGAAGGCAAUAGUAGCAGCAGUGAGGAGUUCGAAGAGGAUGAGCACAAUAACAACGUGGUCGUUGAUGUUAUCGACGACGAAAACGGUAGCAUUGUGGAGGACGAAAACAGCAAAGAGUCUAGCAUCUGUGAUGAUCCGCUGUUCAGCGAAGAGGUGGACCCUCUUUCGACCGGUGGCUCCGAACAGGUGUUACUCGGUGCAACAGAAGACGUUUGCAGCAAUGGCAGAAGGGCGGUAGUUGAGGCGCAGUUUAACGGGAGGACAACCCGAUCUAAGCACAAUGCAAGUACUACUUCUGGUGGCGCUGGAGGCGACGAUGAGGAUUCUUAUGCUAGCGAAAUUAUCCUCACGACCAACAGUGAUUGUAGCUUGGAUGAGUUCGUAUCGUCGGAUGACGACAGCAACCUGGAGAUAUCUGUGGUAACUAUUUCUCUCUACUGAUGAUAACGAGAACAGUUUAAUAGUUUUAUUUGUAAUGAUAACGACUAACUGGAUGGUUAAAGUGUUACAAUCGGAAUAUUGACCAUCAGGUUUCAAAUGUUCAUUUUUAUAUUCUAAGACGAAAGUAACCAAACACUUUCCAAAAGUAUGUAAAAUUAUUUUCGACGCGAUUAUGAAAUUCAGUUUCAACUAUGAUGCCGUAUUGUGAGGUACUAUUAUACAAACGUAUAGUGUUUUUUUUUUCUAAUAUAUUUAUUUCAGUA